GUCAAACCUCUAUUCACGGACAGGAUCAUACAUAUCGAACUUAUCACGGAUGUGAUAUUCUCGUGCUGCUCACCCGCAACGCUUCUCCGCAUCGCCAGAACAUGUUGCGCCGCACACAUCUCCAGCCAUGCCUACAUCCGUUCCACGUUCAGGAUCGACCCGUCACGCUUCUUCCAAAACCCAUUAUCCUUUCGCUCCCUGCAAGCUCGCACAGGCACCCUUAUUGCCGGCUCCACUGCCCUGCAGUUCUUCGACCGAACCUCGUUCCCCAACUCGGACCUCGAUCUGUACGUGUUCAUGCAACACUGCAGAGAAGUGGGCCUGUGGCUGCUGGCUGAAGGCUACAGCUACGUGCAAGCGCGCUCGGCUCAUGCUGAUUUCGAGUCGGCAUUGGGAGACCUGAAUGACGCUCCGGUCGAGGUAUACAACAUUCCCAGCGUCGCGCGCGUUUUCACGUUUUCAAAGUCCGCGCCAGACGGGAAGGAGCUGAAGGUCCAGCUCAUCAUGGUCAUCGGCGCACCGAUGGCGGUAGUCUUGGGUUUCCAUUCCAUAUGCCGACCGCGGGUUCAACACAUCCUCUCCCUCCCGCUGCAAGAGCUCUACCUACAGAAUCCCGCAUGGAGCCUCGGCCUGCGCGGCAUGGACGACGGCAAGAGUUGGGUCAUCCCGCUCGACACGGAGGGCAUCGACAGGCGGACACGGCACAACGCCAGCACCCGGGCGCUCACGCACGACCCUGCGGUGGUGGCGAGCUGGUUCCUGCAUGCGAGGGGAGAUUAUAAUGGUGGGACGUUCUCUGUGACCAUGGAGUUUGACGUCCUUGGGUCGCCCCAUCUCGAUUAUAAGUAUGUGCUCGCUAUGUCAGAUCCUGAUUGGGAGAUGCGGUACCUCGCCCAGAAGAUGAGGGAGAGGGUCGACAGGAACCGCCGCCAGCUGGGCUUCGACGAGGAACCUCCCGAGUUCCUCAAGACCGUGCUCGUGUUCUUGAAUGAGCUGAAUCACUCGAACGACAUGUCGGAUUUGCGCUUCAGGUUUGAGAGCCUGUCCUCGGUUUGAUAUGUUGAAUGGUUUCUUUCACUGUUAGCAGAGUGUA